AUGAAGUCUCCCAUCAUCUUCACCACUCUCCUCGCCGCCGUCCUCGCCGCGGCCGACAUUGACAUCUCCCCCGUGCCUUCGCCGUCCCCGCCGCUGCCCGCCUGCGGGCGCGUCGUGGACCUUGCCGUCCUGGCCGCCCAGACGGCCGUCAACAGGGCGCUUCAGCCCUUUGGCAUCGCCGAGCUCAAGGACGCCGUCGACGCCGGCACCGCCGCCUUCAAGCGCGAGAUUGGCUGCGGCGGCGCGGCAGCCACCCCAGAGGACAGCGCCCGCCCGGGCCAGGAGCCGCCCGCCCAGAGAGACUGCAGCGGCGUGGUCGACAACGCCCUCGCCGUGGCCGUCGCGGCGCUGAAGAGGGGCUUCCCGGUUGUCGGGGUGCCAAAGGGGUACGACAAGGGCGUCGAGGAAGGCGUCAAGGCCUUCAAGAAGACGCUGGGCUGCAAGGAGGCGGCUGCAUAG